GGAGCAGGAGCAGGAGGAAAAAGAAGCAGAGAGCUGUGUGAGCCCAGAUUACAACCACAGCACGAGCGCUCAGGAAUAACAGAAACAGUUCCAUCUUUUCUCUUCGUGUGAGCUGGGAGGACGGAGAGAACUUCAUCCAAGCUGGACCUGCGGUCACACAGGAGGUUAUGUGCUCGGGCAGCACUGAGGUGUGUGCAGCGAAGAGCUGGAGGAAGCUGACCUACUGAGAGCUGAUCGCAGGGGUUUACGAGCCAUGCUGAGGACCAUUCUCUGCUGAACAUGAACACCAUGACCCAGGCUAAAGGCCAGAGAGAUGACAUGGUGCUGUCCAGCAGAACCCGACGCCGGCCACUGUCAUCGGGGGAGAUAGAAGGUGUGUUGUGGCAGGGCCCACGGACUAUUUUUCUUCAAAAGAAUUUACAAGGAUUUGGCUUCACUUUGCGCCACUUCAUCGUCUACCCACCAGAGUCGUCUCGCCACAGCCUAAAGGAUGAAGAGAAUGGUAAUUUGUCUGGAAAAGGUUGUCAACGAUCUCACUUAGAACCAAUGGACACCAUUUUUGUGAAGAGUGUGAAAGAAAACGGCCCUGCUCACCAAGCUGGACUGUGCACAGGAGACAGACUGGUGAAGGUGAAUGGUGAGAGCGUUCUGGGGAAAACCUACUCUCAGGUCAUUGCGCUCAUCCAGAACAGUGAAAACAUUUUGGAGCUCUGCAUUAUGCCAAAAGAUGAAGACGUGUUGCAGUUGGUAAGUGCGUACUCUCAGGAUGCCUACUUGAAAGGCAAUGAGCCAUACACAGGUGAGGCACAGAACCUGCCAGAGCCCCCACCUCUCUGUUACACCACCACCAAGCCUGGCUCCAGCCCCCACAGUCUCCUGGACAACUGCAGAACCAGCGUCACCUCACCACUGGACAAUCGCCCCCUUGCUGCCUCCACGCCCUUGUCUGGCCCAUCCAGAGCUUCUGAGGAGUCUAGCAGUCAUCGGAGCUCAUCCAAGCAGCACCGAGGCCGGUCCUCAUCAACCAUCAGUGCGCUUGAGUUUCAUUUUGCAAACCACAAUGCUGCCAUUGCUUCUGCAACUCUGCCUCUACCUCGGAAGAGCAGCUUGCCAACUUCUGCACGCACCCACACUGACGUCCUCUGCCACCAGGCUCUCUCACACUGGUACUACAACCAAGCAGAGGCCACAGAACGCAUGUCCCCCCACCAUUACAGUACAUCUCAGGAACACUUAGCUGAGCUGGGCCUGGGGUUGACAUUUAGUCCCAGACACACAGCUACUUCUAUAAUCUCCACAAAGCAACACCAAAAAGAAAACCUCCAGCAGCACCACCAGGCUGCAGCUGUAUCCCAUGAUCCCUAUUGGCUGGGGGAUUGGGGGCAUGGAUCAGGCCCCGGGAACAGGUUGUUCUCACAGAGCCUGCUGGCUGCUUAUUCUGAAUAUGAGCACAAUUAUGGGAGGUCUGUGAAAACACUGGCAGAAGCUUCUGCUAUGGUUUCACAACACUAUGAUCGCACUCCGCAAAGUUCCCAAAUGACCAAAUUCAGCGAGCAGAAAGUCCCAGAAGAACAUCAACACCAAGCUGUAGGGACAGCUUUGUGCUCAACACCACCCAGUGGAAGGCAGUCUGGUCAGCAGGUGGCUGAACCCCAAACAAGGAGACUAAAAGAUGAGGAGCUGGUGGGCUAUAAAAGCUACAGCCCCUCUUUCUCCCGCAAAGCAGGGCACCUCCUCCAGCUGACUCAGUCCUUCAGAGAACCCAGUUACACUGGGCCUCACCUUAACUGGCAUCCUGGCACUAGAACAGACAGUGAUGGAGAGAUAACAUCCAUUCUCCACUCCCCCCCAGCCCAACCUGAUUCAGAGGAGGAGAAGGUUCAGCUCAGUGAGGACAGAAUUGUGGUCUCUCCCAUCUCCUUAACUCAAAAAGUGGUCCUCAGGCAAAAGCUGCCUGCUGACAGACGGAAACUGGUUCAGACAAUGCAACAUCCAAACUACGCCAUAUCUGCCAAUUCACCAGAGCUGCCCGAUUGGAGCCCUUCAUCUGGAACAGACUCACCUCUUCCUGUAGUGACGGAUCCAAGCCGUAGGGCCAAUGGUGGCCUGGCACAGCAUGCGUUGGACUCCCUGUCAUCAAUUCCUUUUAUAGGCAGUAUUAAAAGUCGCCGCUCUUCUUAUCUGCUUGCCAUCACCACUGAGAGGUCCAUGUCCUGCGACGAAGGCCUCAACACUUUCAGGGAGGAAGGCCGAGUAUUCUCUAAACUACCAAAAAGGGUCAAGAGUUUUUUCACUGACAGGUCUUUAGAAAACCUGCGGGAUCAGGAGGAAGCUCGCUCCAAGCGGCACUCCACCUCCGAGCUGGGAACCAUCACAGUCAGUGAUGUUCGCAAGGAAGGCUGGCUGCACUACAAACAGAUCCUUACAGAGAAGGGAAAGAAACUUGGUGGCAGCAUGCGGCUAUGGAAACGUGUCUUCAGCGUGCUCCGUCACCACUCGCUCUUCCUUUACAAAGACAAGCGGGAGGCCGUGCUUCACGGUGCAGGGGCCGGACCCUGCCAGGAUGAACAUUCACCAAUUAGUAUCUUGGGCUGCCUGAUUGACAUCGCCUACAGUGAGACAAAGAGAAAGCACACACUGAGGCUGACCACGCAGGACUUCUGCGAAUACCUGCUGCAGGCUGAGGACAGAGACGAUAUGCUGGCCUGGAUCAGGGUCAUCAGGGAAGGCAGCAAAAGUGAUAACGAGGAGAUUGGAUUCUCCAGACAUGCGCUUAUCAAUAAGAAGCUAAAGGACUACAGGAAGCACAGCCUGACAGGUAACAAGCUGGAUUCGUCUCCUCGAGCCCAUCGCAUGAUCCAGCCCUUCUUUCUGGUUAAAACCGACAACACAUUGGUGAACAGAGCUAUGAGAUCUGAAGACAACAAGGCUUUAUGGGGCAUCAACAUCAUGAAGAAAAACAAGAAAGCAGACACUCCUAAAGCUUUUGGGGUCAGACUGGAGGACUGUCAGCCAGCUGUUCACCAUAAAUUUGUCCCUCUGAUUGUGGAAAUGUGCUGUGGUGUUGUCGAAGCAAUUGGUCUGGAGUACACCGGUAUUUACCGUGUACCAGGGAACAACGCUAUGGUGACCAACCUGCAAGAGCACCUGAACAAGGGCCUCGACAUCAGCACUGCUGAGGAGAGGUGCCAGGAUCUCAACGUGAUCAGCAGCUUGCUGAAAUCAUUCUUUCGAAAACUGCCUGAGCCUCUUUUUACUGAUGACAAGUACAUUGAAUUCAUUGAUGCCAACAGAAUAGAAGAUGCAGAGGAAAGACUGAAGACUAUGAAGAAAUUGAUCCACGACCUCCCAGAUCACUAUUAUCACACCCUGAGAUUCUUAGUGGGCCACUUAAAGAGGGUGGCUGAUCACUCUGAAAAGAACAAGAUGGAGCCAAGGAAUCUAGCUUUGGUGUUCGGUCCCACGUUGGUGAGGACAUCAGAGGACAACAUGACCGACAUGGUCACGCACAUGCCCGACCGUUACAAAAUAGUGGAGACACUUAUCACUCAUUAUGACUGGUUCUUCAGCGACGGAGAGCUUCGGAGGGAGGGAAUGGUAUCUGAGAAGAAGCAGGACCAGCCCAGGCUCAAUAUUGACCAUCUGUUGACUAACAUUGGCAGGCCAGGCAUGCCUGGGGAGACAUCAGAUUCCACCACCAGCGGUUCAAUUAAGUUAAGGAAGUCGAUCAUCUCUGCUGUGACCCGCAAACGUAAAAAAUGUCUCAGCACCCAUUUGGCAGGCAGCAGCGAUGACGAAGACUCCGAGCAUGAACCCAUCAAGACUACAAACUAUGAUGGGGAGGAAAAGGGAAGGGAGGAAGUUGGAGAAAGGGGGAAGAAAGAGCCAGACAAGGGGGUCAGCACCUGUUCUAAAAAAGACAAAAGGCAGGAAACUGUGGUCAUGGCUGCAGACACUGGGGAGGAAAAUGGAGCAGACAGCUGUGCCAAACACCAUCCAGUUAGUUGUCUCUGCUCACAUGACCAGACCAGUGUCACAUACUCAAGACCUCCACCUGCCACUAACAACCCUCCCUAUCUAAGGAGUCACAGUACGGCCGGUGGACACCCCAUCUUUCCCUUAUGGAUCUUCCCCAGCAGGCCUCCCGACCUGCACCGGGCCUCAGGCUCUCACAGCUCCCAGCAGCCAUACUGGAGCCAAGCUGCUUCGGUUAACCACAGGAAGACCAGAGCAGGAGGAAUAAGAGCCACUUCCAUGAAUCUAGACCUGGAUUUGGGUCUAAACAAGGACAGGGACAGAAGUUGGUGGUCUGACAGGAUGGAGGUAAUCAGAGUCAGUGGAAGCAUGCCUCCUCAGCGUGGAUUCGUUGUAGGUUCUAGUUCAGCUCAGCAAACAGACCCCUCCCUUCUUUCCUCGUCUUCAGGAUGGAUAGAUUCAGGCUCCCAAGAGUUCUCCUCUGUGGUGAUGAGGAGAUCUGCACAUGACCUGCGGGACAAGGCCAGAGUAUGGCGCCGUCACACGGUAGUCGUUUAACCAAAGCAGUUGUUUCCUCAUUCACGACAUUACAACGUCUAAUGCCAAUCUCUGUUCUGUUAGCUGAGAGUAAGUUCCAGGACUCC